AUGAUGCACGGUUUCGCUGUUAGGUUGGAUGAAGUUAGAUGCGAUAGUGAUGGUUGCAUAGUUAUGCGCCAAAUUGUUUGUAAUCGAGCGGGCUCAAGAAAGGAAGAGGUUGAAAAGGACGAAAGAAUCAGGGACCACCAACCCCUAACUCGAAGUUGUUAUCGUGCGAGAAUUCGUGCAAGACUAGAUAGAAAAAUUCAUAAAUGGAUGGUUGUUUCGUUCUACGAAGAGCACUCUCAUGGAUUAGUUGAUCCACUCGACGUUAACAUGAUGCCUGAGUAUCGCACAUUCAGUUUCUCGGAUAAAGCUCAGGCGAAGAAUUUGCAUGACAUAGGCAUUAGGACCUGUCACAUCAUGGGAUACUUGGCUGCUCAAAAGGUGGAUAUGCAAAUUUGUCAUUCAACCAAAAAGAUAUGUACAACCUCAUUACUCAACAUAGGAAGGAAAAGGAACGUCUACAAUAAACCACUUGUGAUAUUUUCUGGUAGCAAUCAUCAUGGGCAAACCGUCAUAUUUGGAUGUGGUCUUCUUGUUAAUGAGGAUAUUGGUUCAUACAAGUGGCUAUUGAAAACUUUUUUAGAAGCAAUCGGGAAUAAACACCCUAUGGCAGUUGUCACCGAUGGAGAUCUUUCAAUGAGAGAAGCCAUUAAACAAGUCUUUCCUUAUGCAACACAUCGACUAUGUGCAUGGCACUUACAUAGGAAUGCCUGCGAGAAGGUUAAGAACAGUGGAUUUCUAAAUGAAUUUAAGAAAUUGAUUUAUGCUAAUGUGAGUGUUGAAGAGUUUGAGGUCAAGUGGGGAGAUAUGGUGGAGAAGACAACAUCCCAGUGUGAAGGGAUUAACUCUCUAAUAAAAGCAUAUAUGAGAAAGAAAGAUACCCUUCUUGAAUUCAUCCAUAACAUGGAGACCGUUUGGAACAAUGAAAAAGUUGCAGAGUUCAAUAGUAAAUAUACCAAUCCAGUACUUGUGACUUCGUUGCCGACACUUGAAGGUUUUGCUAUAAAAACUUUCACUCGUAACAUGUUCCGGGAGGUCAGGAAGGAAAUUAAGGGUGCUUGUGCUAUGAACACAAAGUUGGUAAUUCAGGAUGGUGGAAAACUAUACUUCAAGUGUAACAUUUUCGGAAUGCCAGAGAUUGAUCAUGUGGUUGAGUUUGACAGAGUUAGGGGGAUGCUUCGUUGUACCGAGUAUUCUAGGUUGAUGGAUGUUGCAUGUAAGAACUCAAGUGAUUUUGUCGAAGCAAUGAAUGAAAUUGUCAACACAAUUACAAAACUCCAAAAGCAAGGUGAAAAUCCAUGCAACGGUAACUUAGACGAUGACUACAUUGUUGACCCCUUGGUGGUGAAGAGUAAGGGAGCUCCCAAGAAAAACUCAAAAUUUAAGCAACAGAGAAAGUGUUCAAACUGCAGUGUGACAGGGCACUACAACAAAAGUUGUCCUAAUGUUCCUUGUAGAAUCUCUAAGGAGCCGGCCGACGAUGAUACAAAAAAGAAUAACUGCAGCCACCUUGACAUGCUCACUAAGCACAAAAGACAUGACAAUGUGAAAAAUCAGCAGAAGAUGGAAAAAGGUAGGGAUAUUGGAGGUGGAACAGCACCAACCUCAGCAGCUAAAUCUGCCUUUACUGAUCAAUUGAAAACAUCAAGUCCUGGUCUUGAUAUCCCUGUUUGUGCAUCUACAAGUAACGAAGAAUUCGGGAUGAUUUCUGGACCAGCUGAGUCUCCUGUUGUGGCCCUUAUAACUGGAAUGGCAGAUUAA